AGGGAGGAAGUGCUGGAACAUCGUAAAGAGUUAUCUCAAGAACUAAUUAACCUUCGAAGAGAACUAGUAACUACUUCUGCAGCUUGUGAGAAAUUGGAGAGAGACAGGAAUGAACUGCAAGUUGCUUAUGAAGGGUUUUUGCAGAAGUUAAACCAGCAACAUCACAGUGAUCUGGCUGAGCUGGAGGAGAGGCUUAAACAGUUUUACACUACAGAAUGUGAGAAACUCCAAAGUAUCUGCAUUGAAGAAGCUGAAAAGUACAAAGCGCAGCUCCAGGAGCAGGUGGACAACUUAAAUAUCACACAUGAAAACUUUAAGCUGGAACUUGAAAACAGCCACUCAGAAAAAGUAGAGGAGCUGAAAAAAGAGUAUGAAUCCUCUUUUUCAGAGCUGAAGAGUGCCCAUGAGUCUGAAAAGAAGUUGCUUGAGGAGUCCUUUAAAGAGAAGCAGGAAUUGCUAGAGAAAAGAAUCGAAGAGUUAAAAUGUGAAAAUGACUCACUGACUGAGAAGUUGAAAUUAGAAGAGCAAAAACAAAUAGCCAAAGAAAAAGCCAUUCUU